AGAGCUGUAACAGCCUCUGUGCUGUUUGGGCACUGGGGCAGAGAGUGGAGACGUGCACUGAAAAUGAAGCUUUGGGGUAAGGCAGGCAAGGGGAGGGUUGAGAUGGCUGAAUCAGAUCUCAAAGCAAAAAGGGGAGUUGAAACAUCUUGAUAAAGCGGGGAUCUGACGAGCUUUUCUCUACUUGUGUUACUAACGGACCCUUUAUCAUGAGCAGCAACGCUUCUUCUGCAGCUAAUGGAAACGACAGCAAAAAAUUCAAAGGGGACAGCAGAAGUGCUGGGGUCCCAUCCAGAGUAAUCCACGUCCGUAAGCUCCCCAGUGACGUCACGGAGGCUGAGGUCAUCUCUCUGGGCUUACCUUUUGGCAAGGUCACCAACCUUCUGAUGUUGAAAGGAAAAAACCAGGCUUUCAUAGAAAUGAAUACAGAGGAGGCAGCCAACACCAUGGUAAACUACUACACCACAGUCACUCCAGUCCUUCGAAGCCAGCCCAUCUACAUCCAGUUCUCCAACCACAAGGAGCUUAAGACAGACAACUCACCAAACCAAGCACGUGCCCAAGCAGCUCUGCAAGCAGUGAAUUCGGUUCAGUCUGGAAACCUAGCGCUGCCAGCCCCUGCUGCAGCUGUGGAUGCGGGGAUGGCGAUGGCUGGCCAGAGCCCUGUGCUGAGGAUCAUUGUGGAGAAUCUCUUCUAUCCUGUCACUCUAGAUGUUCUGCAUCAGAUUUUUUCCAAAUUUGGUACAGUCUUGAAAAUAAUUACGUUCACGAAGAACAACCAAUUUCAGGCUCUGUUACAAUAUGCUGACCCCAUGAGUGCUCAGCAUGCCAAACUGUCUUUGGAUGGACAGAAUAUCUACAAUGCCUGUUGUACGCUGCGCAUAGAUUUCUCAAAGCUCACAAGUCUCAAUGUAAAAUACAAUAAUGACAAAAGCAGAGAUUACACACGACCAGACCUACCUUCUGGGGACAACCAGCCCCCUCUUGAUCAGACCAUGGCAGCUGCUUUUGGUGCCCCAGGAAUAAUCCCUGCCUCUCCAUAUGCAGGAGCUGGCUUUCCUCCCACCUUUGCAAUUCCUCAGGCUGCAGGUACUGUACUUCGCUUGACAGUUCAAAAUGUUCAUGGAGCACUAGCUCCUUUGGCUAUCCCAGCAGCAGCUGCAGCGGCUGCAGCAGGACGGAUUGCCAUUCCCGGCCUCGCUGGGGCAGGGAACUCUGUUCUGCUGGUUAGCAAUCUGAAUCCUGAGAGAGUUACACCCCAAUGCCUCUUUAUUCUUUUCGGAGUCUAUGGUGAUGUGCAGAGGGUGAAGAUUUUAUUUAAUAAGAAAGAGAAUGCCCUGGUUCAGAUGGCUGAUGGAAACCAGGCUCAGCUUGCCAUGAGCCAUUUGAAUGGCCAGAAGCUCCAUGGGAAGCCAAUCCGUAUAACAUUGUCCAAACAUCAGACAGUACAGCUCCCUCGUGAGGGACAGGAGGACCAGGGUCUGACCAAGGACUAUGGAAACUCUCCUUUACACCGUUUCAAGAAACCGGGCUCCAAAAACUUCCAGAACAUCUUUCCUCCUUCUGCCACUCUUCAUCUGUCCAACAUUCCACCUUCAAUAGCUGAAGAGGACCUCAAGAUGUUGUUCUCAAGCAAUGGUGGGAUGGUCAAAGGCUUCAAAUUCUUCCAGAAGGACCGUAAGAUGGCUCUGAUCCAGAUGGGCUCUGUGGAAGAAGCCAUCCAAUCACUCAUUGACCUCCACAAUCAUGACCUGGGUGAGAAUCACCACCUGCGUGUGUCCUUCUCGAAGUCCACCAUUUAAAGCUUUGGAAGGCAUGAGACAAAAUGGACUUGAUUUAACCUCUUGAGUUCAGCCUUGACCUUAAAGGGCCGAACACGAGGGUUUCAACUUCCAUCAUUCCAGAAAAAAAAAAAAAGCCACUUUAAAAAUGCAGCUGAAGUGACCUUAAAAGACCAGAGAUUUUAUUUUUUUAAAGAGAAAUCAGUUUACCGGUUUUUAAAAAAAAAAAGAGAGAAAAAAAUUAAAUCUAAUUCCUAUUGCUAACCUUGCGGUGAUGGGUAACAAUCUUGACUGUUCAAAUAAAAUAUCACAAGUUGAAGUUUACACUUUGGAACCUGCUCUGGGAAAUUCCCCUCCCCUCCUGUUCCUUCUGCCCCGAAAAGCAGAUCCCAACAAGUUUAUCAGGUUUCACAUUGAUGCCUUUUUUUUUCUUUACCCAUCCAUGCCUUGAAAGACCUAAAACCACUGUGUACGUUCACUUUUGCGCCUUUUGAGUCAGGAUUUUGCAAAAUGCAUGGUGUAUAGGAGCUCCCAACCCAACUAGCACAAAACCAAGUUGCAUUGAUCCUACCUAAACUGUGCAUCUGCUAUCCUGUGCCUUAAUCCUUUUCCUUCUUUUUGGGAAAACAUCUGAAUUGUGGAGGUCGGAUGGGAGAGCGGAGGGGAAAUGAGUGAGUUCUGGCUCACUAGAUCUACUCCUGGUAGGGAAGGACUAAUCAAGCUGGCAGAGUGGAUAAAGAAAAUAUUGGGCUUUGACUCUUCAGGCAGUUGUAUCCCACUGCCGUGACUUGGCUCAGUUGUGUAGUAUCACGUGUCUUCGUGCCACUUUCCAAUCUGCUUGUGGUUUAUCUCCAUCUGCAAACCUCCAAGUGGGAGUUAAGGUCCCUGGUGUGACAUUCAGACCGAGUAGAAGGGUCUGGGUGGGGAAGCAUUCCCAAGACCAAAUCGCAUUCCGUUGUCAGUAGUGAGCCAACAGGCUCUGCCCUUCACAAGAAGAGCAUUGAUCAAGAUACAAAAUUAACCACUGCUGGACAUUUGUGAAGACAAAUCAUUAAGAAUUUGUCAAAAUCGUAUGUGUAUAUAUAUCUCUAAAUACUUGGCUAGGAUUUGAAGAGUUAUUGGGUAUCCCACAUCUAGAAAGGUGUCCAUGCAAGUCACCUUCGUGCCCCUGAUUUGAAAUUAACAAGACCAGUGUAGCUCUGCCAUCAUUCUUAUAGCGUGUCUUCAGCAUUUGAGCUUUUUGUUUUAAUUCUUGUAUUAUACUUUUUGAUGCAGUUGCUGUCAUCUGUGCCUAGCAAUAUUUCCAGUUGACCAAAUAUUCUAAUCUCUUUAUAUGCAAAAGAAAUAGUUUAAGUACCUUUUUAUAGAAUGGUAAGAUGGUAUAAACGUAAUCUAAAUUUACUCCUUUGUGAUAUUACCCUUGUAUACUGUACUUUCUUUGUUUUUUUUUUUGUUUUUGUUUUAUGAUUGAGACUGUAGGGCAGUGAUUUAGUUAUCAGGCUGAGGUCAUGACUGAGGAUGAGGAUGUAAUGACAUGGGUGAAACACGUUAAGCAGCCUUUUAAAGCAAUGUGUUUGAGGUACCAAGCGUGAAUAGCUUGUGAAUUUAAGGACCAGGCUCAAGUUUUUCCACUUUUUUAACCUAUAAGCCCAGAUAUUUUUUUAAGUUAUAGGAAGGGAAUUCAUUAUAAGUAGAAUGCAGCAGAUCGUUUUCUCCCAGUGAUAAAACCACCUUUGUGUUUUCUGGCUUACAGCUCUUUCCCAGGCCAUUCUGCCUUCUAUUUUGUGUAAUCCAACGUUGCCUUACAUUUCCCUCUAACCUGCAACCUGUUUGGAUGCAAAAUAACAAGAAUCUUAUACUUUUUUUCAGGGUUUUUUUCUGCAAAUUGUGGACCAAAGUUUGUUUUCUAAUUGUCUUAGUGUUGCAAGUUACGGUUUCCUUGCUUAGUGUGGGAGCUCUGACUUGCCUAGCACUGAGUGUUUGGAAAAGUCUUAACUUUUCUUCGUUCCUCCCUGAACUCUUGAGGAUGUGAAUUAUGCUGGAGAAGUGUGUGAAGUCUGAGUGAGGGUCCAGCUUGGGUUGCUGGCGUGAGAUCUGUAGCACUUGCCUGCCUCGGCCUUCAUUUUGUGGCUGAGUGUGCAGCCAUCAGUAGGUGCUGGCUUCAGUUACCUCGCCAUCUGAGCAAGCCUGUUCAUUGAACGGCAAAUCUGCCUCUCUGAACUCCGUGUUUCCUUGCAUUCAGCAGUGCAAAUCCAGGUGUCUUGGUGGUAGCUGUCGACUGGAAUCUGUUUGCUCACCUCCCUUCCUAAGCGAGGGGAGAAGCAGAGGUUGCAUUCCUGGUGCAGCUCUGCUCCUGACCGCCCCGCAGCCCCAGAUCCGUGCACAACCCAAAGCAGAACAGCUGUGCUGUAGCUUUCAGAUGCAUUCAAUCCACCUCACCCGAGAUGCUGGGAAGAGGCUCAUUGGAAUGAAACCUGUCUGGUGGCCUUGAAACGUUGAUUUGGUCGACCCACAGGCUAUGUGUGUAUCUUGCAAAAUGCAAGCAAGUGAAUUGAGGUAACCCCAGAACCCAGCCAUGGUGGGUUUUUCCUUUGGAUCCCUGUGUUUGCAUGUAAAGAAUGUGAGUAACAAAAGGGUGUACAUAUUUAUAAUUUUUUUAUACCUGUUGUAAGACAUGAGGGGGCAGCAAAACCCAGUUUCUUUUUUUUUUUAUGGUGAACAGAUGUAUUGUAUAUUUUGAUACCAGCUAUUACAGGUUCAGUAUUGUGGAAAGUGGGGUGGGGAGGGUAAGCGUACACAACAUCAAGAAUUCCAUUGCCUCUUUCAAAGAAUGUUUGUAAUGCAAAAAGAAAUUAAAACUAUUUUAUAACAACCUUUGUACCUUUCUGUAGCUCCAUUAUUUACUGUUCAGAUUGUAGAAAGCAGUUAUUGGCCAGUCUGUACUUGUGCUUUCAAUAAAUUUCUUCUGUAUUCUUUGCUUCUGA